CUAGAUCAUAUAUCAUCGAUCAAGUGGAAAUACACAAAUUCUACAAUAUUCUUGGUUCCUCUUAAUUACAUAGUUACUAAUCGCAAUAUUCAUCCCAAUCCAAUUGUAUUUGUCAAGCUAGUUCCAAACCCAAAUAUCCCGAUUUAUUUCGUUUUAUCUUGAAUAUUUGGAUACUCGAAAUUUUCACGAUCGAACCAAGAACAUUUGUUUGAGGUAAAUUAGCAACUUUCGACAUUCUUUGGUGACAACUGAUCCAUUAUUUUCGUUGUAAUGUUUUUGUGUGAUAUAUUUGUAUCGGUACAGGAAGCAGGUUCGAUAGAUCUUUUCAAAUGGAUCAAUUAUCGCUUAUUAGUGAAGAAGCAGCUGAGCUCAAUGGACAAAUUGCAGAUAUUUUUCGAGCUUUAGCAAAUGGAUUUCAAAAGUUGGAGAAGGUUAAAGAUGCCAAUAGGAAAAACAGGCAAUUGGAGGAGCUUACAGAUAAGAUGAGAGAAUGUAAAAGGCUCAUCAAGGAGUUUGACAGAGAAGUCAAGGAUUUGGAAAGCAGAACUGACGCUGUGACAAAUAGAAUGCUAAGUGAGAAAAAACAGUCAAUGAUUAAGGAAUUAAAUUCUUAUGUUGCUUUGAAGAAACAACAUACUACCAAUAUAGAGAAAAAGAAAAUUGAUCUUUUUGAUGGACCUAAUGAAGGAAUUCCUGAAGACAAUGUACUCCUUGCUUCAACCAUGACAAAUGAACAAUUAAUGGACCGCGGAAACAAACUGAUGGAUGAGACUGAUCAAUCGAUUGAAAGGAGCAAAAUGGUGGUUCAAGAAACCAUUGACGUAGGAACGGAGACUGCUGCUUCUCUUAAAGCUCAAACCGAACAAAUGAGCAUGAUAGUCAACGAGCUAGAUUCUAUCCAUUUCUCGAUGAAGAGAGCUUCUAAACUGGUGAAGGAAAUUGGUAGGCAGCUUGCAACUGACAAAUUGAUUAUGGCAAUGCUUUUCCUUAUUGUCAUGGGAGUGGUCAUAAUCAUCAUUGUCAAGAUAGUGAAUCCCAAUAACAAGGAUAUCUCAGAUAUUCCUGGAUUAGCUCCACCCGCACAGUCUCGCAAGUUGCUUUGGCAUGAAAAAUGACUAAUUGGAAGAAGAAGAAGAAGAAGAAGAAGAAGAAGAAGAGGUGUGUUGGUUGUAAUUGCCUCAAGCACUAGAGACCAGAGAGCUUGACUAUGUAUCACUAUCACUAUGAAGAUAUGUCAUUAUGAAUGCCUUUGCCUAGGGUUUUCCUUUUAUGAUUACAUUGUCCUAUGUCUAGGAUUUUGAUACGAUUCGAAGGAAAAUAAUUCAUCGAGCUCGCAUAUGAUUUGAGACAAUUAAAUUUAUUUGUUUUU